AUUAUGAGAAAAUUACUUCUCCCUUUUAGUCGCCUAGCUCCUCUCCUUGAUCUGAAUAAAUAUUAUACAUAAAUAUAAUUCCAUUUAGCAUAAAUGUAGCAUUUCUUCAUUUUCCUAUUUUCUUCUCCGAUCCCAUAAUCCCUCAGCUGCUAUCUUAUUUUUUCCCUUCCAUUUUUUUUUUUUGUAACAAUUGAAUUUUUGGUUGAGAAAAUUUUAGGGUUAGGGUUUUGAGAGAUGGGACAACAGUCGUUGAUCUACAGCUUUGUGGCUCGAGGCACGGUGAUCCUCGCCGAGUACACCGAGUUCUCCGGUAAUUUCAACACCAUCGCCGCUCAAUGUCUCCAGAAGCUCCCUGCCUCCAGCAACAGGUUUACUUAUAAUUGCGAUGGCCACACCUUCAAUUACCUCGUUGACAAUGGAUUCACCUACUGUGUAGUUGCAACGGAAUCCGCGGGCAGGCAAAUUCCAAUUGCAUUUCUAGAAAGAGUUAAGGAAGACUUCUCGAAGAGAUAUGGGGGAGGGAAGGCUGCAAAUGCUAAAGCCAAGAGUCUUAAUAGAGAAUUUGGGUCCAAAUUGAAGGCUCAUAUGAAGUACUGUGCGGAACAUCCUGAAGAGAUCAGUAAACUUGCCAAAGUGAAGGCUCAAGUUUCUGAAGUCAAGGGUGUUAUGAUGGAAAAUAUUGAGAAGGUCCUUGACCGUGGUGAGAAGAUUGAGGUACUGGUUGAUAAAACUGAGAACCUUCGCUCACAGGCACAAGAUUUUAGGCAGCAAGGAACUAAAAUAAAAAGAAAGAUGUGGAUUGAGAAUAUGAAGAUGAAAUUGAUUGUAUUCGGUAUUGUUGCUGUGAUUAUUAUUGUGAUUAUUAUCUCAGUCUGCCGUAACCUCAACUGUUAAUCUGUCUUGGAUUUACCACCUACUGCUGUUUUGCUGCCCUUGCUAACCGGGGUUAUCCGGAUAGAUUGCUUCAUUCUUUCAUAGCUUAUUUUAUAUAUAUAUAUAUAUAUAUUUCUCCCUUGCUGGCCGAUUAGGAUAGUGAAAGAAAGGCUUUGUAUAGGGGUUACACUUUGGACCUUUUUUAAGGGUAAAUAAAUAUUUCUAUAAAGGUCUUUCUUUAUAUUGUAACAAUG